AUGCUGACUUUAAAAACUCGAUUGUCAUUUAAUACAACUCGUAUUAUAGCUACAAGUGCUAUGAUAAUAGGAAAAGAACAAAAACGAUAUUCGUCUUUAACAAUGGAAAAUCUCAAUCCACUUGUUAAAUUAGUUGAAUAUGCUGUUCGAGGUCCGAUUGUUAUUCGUGCUGGAGAAAUCGAAAAUAAAUUAAAGGUAAUUAUAAGUCUUUUAUUGUUCUUAAUUCCUACUAAUUUAUUAUUAUAUACAGCAUAA